GGUUCAGUACUCGGAUAUAUUGUUUAACUGCUAUAGAGUUCAGUUGUUGCAGAAAUGACCGUCUUCCAGGAAACUUGUUUUUGUACCCAAGAAAAGCUCAUUGUGGGAAUUGAUGAAUAUAUGCUCAUAUAUGGAGAGCUUGUGGUUGGUGUUUGACUCUGAGGAAGAGAGAUAGAGCUGUGAAUCCAGAGCCCAGAGGAAACAGGCUUCAUACAGACUCUUGCAGCUCCGCAGACACCAGCGCUCAGAGCCUUCAUCAUGCCACGCUUCAUCAGCACCCUGGUCUUCCUCAUGAUACGGUGCUUCAUCGUCACGAGCAGCAGCUGUCAGAGCGACAGGAACCAGGACCAUCGGCCCCGCGUCAGCUGCGUGAGUCAGGGACUGACGGCUGUUCCCGCCGGCAUCGACGCAGACACGCAGGUCCUGGUUCUCACUGGAAACCAGUUCACGUCUCUGUCCUGGUCCAUGUAUUCUGGAUUCUCAGAGCUGCACGAGCUGGAUCUGAGCCACAAUCACAUCAGCACACUGGAGCCGCCAGGUCCAGUGCUGGAGAAGCUGAGCGUCUUGCGUUUGUCUGGUAACAGGUUAACUGGUUUGGGAGGACUGAUGUUCCGCUGCGCUCCCAGUCUGAUGGAGAUCUACUUGGACAGGAACCAGAUCCGUUCCCUUCACGACAGCACCUUCAGCGAGCUGCCGCGUCUGGAGGUCAUUAACCUGUCUGAGAACAAGCUUCCCGCGCUGCCUCCGCGCCUCCUGGAGCGCGUCUCCUCCGGCGGCCUAAAGACGUUCGACUUGGAGAAUAACAGCGUCUCGCUGAUGCCCGAUGGGUUCUUCUCAUCCAAACCCGAGCUGCCUUACGUUUACCUGACCCACAAUCCCUGGCUCUGCAGCUGCGCGGUUGGUUACCUCCACAGCUACCUGAACGACCAGGAACACAACGUCUACAUGCACGACGGACCGAACGACAUCGUUCCUGCUGCCGACUCCGUGGUGUGUUCGGGACCACCUCACCUGCUCAAACGGCCCAUCAUUGAACUGGAGGAGAAUGACUUCUGUCCACCAGAUCCAAUGGAUCCUGCACUCCCUCAUCCCAGAGGGGACCAAGAUGCCAAACCCUCUCGUAUUCUUUCAGAUCUCGAACUCCCUCAUGUUCUUCCAACAAACUCAGUAAAACCAAUUUCCCCCACUCAAACGGCAACUGCUCCAUACAACACCGCCACAGGCGCCCACCUGCCCGAUUCCACCAAAUCCUGGACCUCUGUUGAAAGGUAUUGGGUCACUGAGACCUGGACCAAAAUCUGGUAUGAAUUCUGGACAGAGUAUUUUAUCUCGACUCCAACGACCAGUCCGUAUCUUCCCACUCGAGACGCCCUAGAACCAAACACCUGGAAAACAGUCACGUUCCAACCCACAUCAAACCCUGUGCCGCCAACCACUGGUCCAAUUAUUGCCGAAUCCCAAAGUCAGGAUACUGGCCGACCUGAACCACACACUUUCAGGGCAACGAUUGCAUUCAACACCACCUUUGGACCAAUUAUUGACCAACCCCAACAUCAAAGUACGGCCCAACCAGAACUGCACACGAUUAUGGUCCAAACUGAACCCCCAACCGCCAGACGGGUCACUCCCCAAGCAGAACCGCCAGCCAGCAUUGAUCCGCACUGGGCAGAUGCUCAGGGAGCGUAUGGACGGCUGCUGCCGUGGUGCUGGUGGCUAUUUGCCGGCUUUGUGUUUCUGUGUGUACUUUCUGCUCUCACUUCCUGUUUCCUGUUCCUUUGGCUUCUCAGAAACUACCUCGUGCUCUACCGGCGGCUCAAGCGUCACGUCUUGGCUCGCUCGAACAGUGGGGUCGCCCUGCGGGCUUACAGACGCACCGAAAACAUGCACGGAUUGGAGAAUGCGGGCGAGAGUGUGAGCUUUUUACCCCUCGAACAGAUCAAAGACGUUCAAGCUGUGUUCCGGAGCGUCCUCUUCAUCUCCAGGGAUGAGCAACAGCAGACGAGAGAGACUAAAGGGGACGUUUCUUCCAAAAUAGAACUGGUGGGAGAUAAGGAACGAGCGCCGAAGGCGAGCGGGGAAGUGUUCAGGAAGACGCUGUACAGAGUGAUUAGCCGAGAAGAGGAAGCAGACGUAUGGACAGAGGAAGAGGAGCACUGGGCCCCGAGCGGAGCGGGGAUGAAUGCACGCUACAGCCUGAUCCUGAGGGAGGAGAGAGGGCAUCAGAGAGAGAUGCACUGGGUGGUUGGGGAGUGGGAGAUUGGAGCUGGGGGCGUGGCCUGUGAGAGAUCCUGCUCUCUGAUUGGCCAGCCCUCCGCAGUCGCUCUAGAGUAAACUGCUGGUGGACGUAAUUUGAUCUCUUCCAACAUUUCUGAACUUUCCAGUAUUGCUAGUUGGUUCUAAGCCAAUGAAAUAAAAUGUUCUUCUCAGCUACAAACAAUGGAAUGCUUGCACUUUAUUCCGUCCACUUUAGACAUUCUAUAUGUAGUAACUUUGUGACUACACAUCAACUAA